UCUUUCUUUUUUUUCUUUUUUUCUUUUUUUGUUUGAAAAAGAAAAAGAAAGCGUAUAUUUGAAAUUAAAACCCUAGCUCUCAGAAGCUCCAUGAAGUUCAAUUUGUCAACGAAAAUGGCGAUUUUCCAAGCAAGGACCUACCUUUCAAGAAGCUUUUCAACUCUUUCUUCCCAUCCUUUGUGCGUCUGUGUUGUUGGGAGCGGACCUGCUGGCUUCUACACCGCUGAAAAGAUGUUGAAGGCGCAUCAAGGAGCGCAAGUUGAUAUUAUUGAUAGAUUGCCGACGCCAUUUGGACUCGUACGGUCCGGCGUAGCGCCUGAUCAUCCCGAAACAAAGAAAAAUUGCAACAGAUUGUCAUGAACCAGUUUUCCCGGGUCGCACAACAUGAACGGUGCUCAUUUUUUGGAAAUGUGACACUUGGAUCUUCUAUUUCUCUCACAGAGCUUCGUGAGCUGUACCAUGUGGUUGUGCUUUCCUAUGGUGCUGAAAGUGACAGAGUUCUUGGUGUACCAGGAGAAGAUCUGAUUGGCGUACACUCGGCUAGAGAAUUUGUUUGGUGGUAUAAUGGGCACCCAGAUUGCAAAAACCUAGAUCCUGACUUGAAGAACACGGAUACGGCAGUCAUUCUUGGUCAGGGCAAUGUAGCGCUUGAUGUAGCACGCAUCCUUUUACGACCACCAACAGAAUUAGCAACAACUGAUAUUGCCAGCCAUGCUUUGGCUGCUUUAGAGGAGAGCUCUAUCAGGAAAGUGUAUUUGGUAGGACGACGUGGACCAGUCCAAGCAGCUUGUACUGCUAAAGAGCUACGUGAAAUUCUUGGUAUUAAAGAUCUUUAUAUUCGUAUACAGGAGGCUGAUCUUCUUAAAGCGCCAGAAGAUGAGGAAGAGCUAAAGAAUAAUCGAAUUCAGAGGAGGGUUUACGAGUUGCUCUCUAAGGCAGCCGCCACUGCACCUUCCUACCCAAGGUCAGGUCAACGUGAACUCCACUUUGUUUUCUUCCAGAAACCAGAUAGAUUUCUAGAAUCAGAUGAAAGAAGAGGCCAUGUUUCUGGUCUGCAUUUUGAGAAGACAUCUCUUAAAGGUGUUGGUGGUGGAAAACGAAUUGCAGUUGGUAUUGGACAAUAUGAAGACCUUGAAUGCGGGAUGGCGCUAAAGAGCAUUGGUUACAAAUCAGUGCCAGUCGGAGGUUUACCCUUCGAUCAUCAGAAAGGCGUGGUUCCCAACAUUAGAGGUCGAGUUCUAUGUGAUACGUCAGGGGAUCCGACUCUGCUCGAGGGUUUGUAUGUAUGUGGGUGGUUGAAACGAGGACCAACUGGAAUAAUUGCUACAAAUCUCUACUGUGCUGAGGAAACGGUUUUGAGCAUAUCUGAAGACCUUGAUCAAGGAGUUUUGGCAACAAAAUCUGGCUUACCCAAGCCAGGCAGAGAGGGUCUUCUCCACUUAUUAGAUAACCGAAAUGUCAGAGUUGUACCAUUCAGUGAUUGGGAAAAGAUAGACUCUACAGAAAGGAGGCUUGGGAGUCUUAAAAACAAACCCAGGGAAAAAUUAACCACAUGGGAGGAGCUCCUGAAAGUCCCCAUGGAAUAAAUCAACUUCCCUUUUCAGAGGAUCUUUUCUCCAGUUAUAGUGCCCUGUUCAAACUAUUUUGUUUACCCAUGGACCCUUUUGGCCCGAAAAUGUCUUUUUUCUCUUCCUUCUCAUUUCUUGCGGAGUUGAGCCCCUGCCAAUUAGUGCUAGGAAGUUCUGCUUUUGGUCAAACCAACCCAUCACAUAUGAUAUGGAGCAUUUUCUUUACUGUAUUUGCAGUCCUGGCUUGCAAAAUGAGUUCCUCUUCAAAAUUUGAAGGUGAAAAAUGCUUUUGAAAGCUCAUUUGCAGAAAGUGAUUAUUUGUAGCACAAAUAAGGGAAAUGCUAAUGUUGUUGAUGAUCUUAGAAGAACAAUUUGCCAAGAAAAUGUGAUACUCCACGAUACAGGGGAGGAGAUGAGCAUGAAUUUGACCCCAUCUAGGGUUUAGAGAUCAAAUUACUCAAUGGAAUUGAUGCAUCCAUGUAUUAUGGGUAACGUAGGAGAGAUCUCUUUUUA